AUGGAGACCGACUACGAAGGAGGGCUUCUCAACUGCAGCUACCGGUAUCCGUACCCACCCGAAAAGGACACCAUCUCUGCCUACGCACUCUGGAUCGAUGUGAGUACGUAUUACGAGAGUUAAAGCGAGUUUCGGGUUUGCAGGGUCCGUGUACGUGCGUCGCCGCGUUGCUCUCGAUGGUCGGAGCCCGAUAUGCAAUCAAGUUUCUCUGCCGAGCAGGGUUAAAUAAAGAUUUGACAGCAGGUGAGAAACAUUUUAGAAGGAAGUGAGUCACUUCGCAACCGACGAUUUCCGCAUUCUAACUUUCCAAUCACUUGUGCUCUUUUUCAGCUCUGUUCGCCCUUUGUGCCAUCGAUUCGCUCCUUCUGCUCACUGUCUUCCUCUUCUACGGAAUCGAGGCGAUGUCUUUGUUGUUCUUCAGAACAAACAUCAUGUACGACAAACAAGAUUUCACCUAUAAUUUGCACGGAAUCGCGAGCUCGCUGACCACCGCCUCGGUCCGUCCUCCCCCCUUCCAUGAUCCCCUCCAAUCCGACCUUCCAGACGGUUCUCGUCAUUUACAUCACAUUUCUCCGCUUCAUGGUCGUCCUCCGACCUCUCCGAUUUGCCACCAACAUCUCCACGAAUCAUCGGAGAACUGGCAGCAAGGCCAUUCGGAAGGGAUCCACCCAAAUGGAAGACUCGGUCACCAACACCAACUUCUCGCGGAGCACUUUCAACAACUCAUCGAUCAAAAGACACUACAACAUACGCGAGAUCGUCCGGCCUUUUUUCACACCUUGUAAGUGCAUAGAAGACGUCAGAGACUAUAAUUGCAUGUUUUCAGUCAUCUUCAUUCUGCUCAGCUUCUCGGUCAAUAUUCCCAUCUUUUUCGAGUUCACGACCGUGAAAUGCUUCGAUGUGGAGCACAACGUGGAGUCUACGAAUCCAGAAGCGACGGUCUUCAGAUCAUCGGUAUUUAUAAAUGACAACAAUGAGUGGAAUGAACGGAAUAAUUUCAGUUUGCCAAGUACAAAGCAGUUUUGAUGACUCUGACGCAGACCAUCGGGCCCGUCUCGAUCAUUCUCAUUCUUUCGAUCCUCACAGAGUACAAGGUUCAUGUCAGUUUGAAAGCAAGGAGAAAGUGAGUGUUCGGAAUAGAAAUAUCACAAAAGACAGCUCAUUCAGGCUGUUCGAAAGUCAACAGAGAAGCCGGUCGGUUGUUCUGAGCGAAGAGCUAAAGGAAAGGGUCUCGAGGACCGUUGCCGUCUUCAUCGCAGUCAAGUUCCUCAUAUUCCGGUGAGUCAGACACUCAGGAAAAAAGGCGCCUUUUUCCUGAGCACAUAUUCUAUCAACUAAUUAUUGAUUGUCAGAACAAUGCCAAUCUUCUUCGACGUCUACGAGAAUCUGUACGGGAUCGAAGGAUGGGGAACUGUGAUGAGCAUCAUGGUCAGGGUCUCCGACUUUGGAAUCGUUCUCAAUACGGCCACCAACUCCCUGGCGUACUUUGGAAAGAAACGGUCAGUCUUACAUGAAACAGGGUUCAGUUUUCAAGUGAAUGUUUGAUGUUUGCAGAUGGAUUGAGAAGCGCCUCCGUCUGCGUCUUCUGAAAAAGGAAGAAAAACGAAAUGCGAAGGCGACUCUCUCUGCCCACGGAUCCUCUGUUCUAAAUGCGUCGAUCAAGAAGCCGUGUGCUCCGCGACUAGGCCUUCCGCAUCCUCUGCACGCCGAGAAAACACCACUGAACUCGAAGAACAUCUACCCCGAAAUGGUCUGA